AUGUGCACUGCUGUUACUUCUUCCUUAAUCACCCAUAAAUUUACCCACCCAUCAUUCAUACAUGGAGUAUUACAUAGUCCUCUGAAGAGUAGAAACAGUUCCAAGUUGGCUGCAACCACAAGACACAACACAAUUCAACAACCACAGAAACGAACAUUUUUCUUUAAAAAGAAGGCAGACAAUUUGCCAGUGGAAACAACAAACUCCCAAUGGGGAAAGGAAAGGAGAAAGCCUAAACUAGUUGAUGAUGGAAGCUUUAGAGCUCUCUUUUUGAUUGCUUGCAAUAAUUUGAGAAAUAUUAAGAAAAUUUUAACUCCAUUUGAAAUUGCCGUUAUUGGAAUGGGUAUUUUCUCAACCGUGACAGUUGUUUAUAGAUAUCUCAAGAUUGUGUAA